CUUGCUGGGGUGUCGAAUCGAUCCAAGUUGGGACUAGACGACGACGUGAAACAUGCCGAAAGCUUCCAAGAAGCCCGCCGACUUCAAGAAAGCCAAGGUCAAGCUCGGUAAGGGCAAGCAACAAGCCUCCAAUGCGACAGAUACAUCCUUCAAGGCUAGAACCAUCGCGCUUCCUGGGCAACGUCUUGAUCGAGCUUUUGCGACUCCCGAUGAGCCAGUCACUGCUCAAGGCUUGACCCUGGAUGAAGUGAUAUUGCGAUUGAGGCAUCCCAAUGCCGGUGUUCGUAGGGACGCUCUGGGUGGUAUCAAGGAGAUCUUGGUGGUACAGCCUGCUAGAGAUGUCGGCAAGGUUCUGAGGGCUUUAGGGGGAGUCAUUUCAGACGAUGAUUCUGGAGUGAGAAAGACCUUGUUGAGUCUGGUCGGCUGGUACCUUUCACUUCAAGAUGAGUCCUCUCUUACACCACAUAUCCCUCUACUUCUACUCCAUACAUCUUCUGGUUUAUCACACAUUUUCCCCGAGAUCCGACUGGAUGCUUGCAAAUUGGUCCAUAUACUAUUGGACCACGUCCCUUCGCACGUAGUUGGAUCAUGGCCAGAUUGUCCGGCAGGGUCAAACAACAUUCUAGAAGGAUUACGUUUAGCCCUUGGUCUGCAGGGAGACACAGGAACGACGAUGAGCAAGACAGGUUCUGAGGGUCGAUUGACAGCUUUGGAGACUCUGCUCGCCUUCCUCAAGUUUGCUCUUCGUAGAACAAUGGAUGUCCAAGACCCUAGUUCUAGCUUCGCAGGACCGGCUCCUAUAAGGAACUCAAGUUUGCAGUCCCUCAAAGGGAAAGAGAGGGAGGUCGUGGGCCAGGUCUUCUCACCCGGAGAGUAUGGCUAUCUUGCCGGUACCCACAACUGGGCAGAGUCUUCUUCUUCUACUUUUUGGGACAUGUCUGGUCUUGGAGUGCAGGGGUCUGGGGAAGAUGAGCAGCAAAUCACCCAAUUGACUACCCUUUACGACCAGCUCGCUCCGCUACUCGUAUCAACAUUCAUGGAAUCUGCCCCGGUGGCUUUCGCACCAAAUCGAUCAAAUGCGACAUCUGUUGACCAGACAGCAACGUCCCUAUGUCUCGUUUCUGCAUCACUCACAGUCCACCUUGCCGGUGCCAUUCGUCGCGAUUCAGGCUCAGACCGAGCUAUCAGACAAACGGUCUUCGCAUUCAUCCGGCGAAUGACACCUUACUUCCCCUUUCCCUCAGGCAGGGCAGCUGCCUCGACUACUCUGAAUGGCUUAACCCAUGGUUUCGAGAUGUCCCUUGCGUUCGCUUCUCUCGUCACUUUGCUGUUACCUGCCACACCAGUCAUGACGCUGCCACGAUCUCUGGCUUCACAAGGCUGGGUCGGAAGGGUGCAGCUAAUCAAUGAAGCUUGGUCAAAGAUCCAAUUGUCAAGUGCAGUCACUUCCUCGGGUACAGGCGACAUUUCAGAAGAAUGGGCCAUCGGCGAGGUUGCAGAUUGGAUAAGCACCUGUCUCGCAACCACUCAAGAUGUCACCACCGCACCGCUCUCGUCAGCCGCUUUUCGAGCUCUGCUGCCCAUCAUUUCUGACCUGAUCAUUCUCCGACAAAAGCGGGUCCAGACUGAAGAUCUGUCCGUUCCUGAACCCUCUUCUCUCGUAGGAGAACCUUUCAUAUCGCAUCUUUUGCGAUCUUCAUCAUCAAGUGCGACCAGAACAGCGGGAGACGAAAAUUUGAUCGACCUGGUGCUAAUUCAUGAGGAUCUUCAGUCGAGCGUUCCCUUCUUCCUUGAUCUGGGCUCUCCAUUGAGACAUCUCAUCAAGAUCUGGCUAGAAUCUCUGCCGAAGACCCUGUGGGAGAUCGGUCACAAGAAUGAUACCGCUACAACAAACAUCCUGGAGUUCCUCUUGCGGAUCGGUCUGCGGGGCAGAGAAUCGUUCGUGGCGCCGUACAGCCUGGUUCCUCACACCAUCUUUCAGGAAGUCAGUGCCAAGCUGGCAUCAUUCUUUCACAUUUCUCACCCUACCAGGGGUCACAUUGCUGGCCCUUGGAUCCGCUUACCAAAUGCCUGGACGAGGAAAUUGGCACUCGACGUAGCCAGGGUGUGGACGCCAUACGAGGCGGAUUUAGGUAGAGCGGUGGACUUGGCCGUCAAGGGCACUGAUUGGGAGAGAUAUUGGCGGAAGUGACUGUAGCGUAGACAAGAUGCCAUGGUUGAUGCAAACAAGCCAGA